CCAGAAGCCAAGACCCAACCCCGAGCGUAGGCUCCACCCCUGCCAUGCCUCCGGUCCCGUCCCCCGCAGGACUUUGGCCCCGCCCUCUCCUGCUUCGCACUGUUUGCUAUUGGGGUUUGUAGUCAAACUCACCAUCCUCCUCCGCCUUCUCCACCUCCCUUCCUGAACUCCUCCCAGUAGUUCCAGCUUCAUUUCCGGGUUAGGAGGUCUUCCCCCUUCCCACCCUUUCCCAGGAUGCCUUGUGAACGCGGGACUUUCGGAGGGUAUAGGUGGAAGUUGGCAGAGCAGGAUCCCAAAGAUUCAAAUCAACCUCUUGGGGCAGUUUGCACUACAAAAUCAAAUUCACAUAAAGAUUUCGUAUUGUUCAAAACAAAAGUAGAAGAGCAAUGUCAUCUGAUGACCAAGAGAAGCUUUUAUCUUACAAUGGGGAAGUCCUCAUUUUUCAACUGUCAAACGGAAACUUGGCAGAAGAAGGGACUGCAAAAGCAUCCAAAUUACAUGUGAAAAGAAUGACAUUUGAUAGAAGCACAAGAGCAUUUAUUCAGAAAUCCACUGGAUUAUUUAGCAUUCAUGGAGAACUCUCAAGUUUUGAAAUGAUUUGUUGCAGCUAUGCAGCAGACUUCAGAACAGGAAUUAAUCUCCCUUGUGUUUUGAUAAGAAGAAACAAAAAGAAAAGUGUUUUCAAAUAUUUUUUAUUGCUGCUUCAUAGUUCUAAUGAAUUUGAACAGCGAAUGAAUCUUACAUUAGACUAUGAGAUGAAGGAUGACAUAAAGAUACUUGAUGGUCCAUCAAUCUUGUGGAGACAUAUCGGAGCUUUCUUUUUUAUUUCUUCACAAAAUGACACAAUUGUCAGUGCUCCAGUGAAAUUUUCUUCUAUCAAAUGGGCAGGAGUGAUUGAAAAUUUAGGAACUGUUUUAUUUGGUGUAGGAGAACCUCAUGCCACUAAGAGAGAAAGUAGUCAGAAGUAUUCAGAAGAAGAUUAUGCAAUUUGGGGUACUGAAUUUUAUGCAUAUUCUAUUGAAAAUAAAACAGUAUUAAAUGGUGCACAGUUUUUGCCUCAUGCUUAUGGCAGUGUGGUGACGUAUAUACAUAUUUGUGCAAUUAAAGUAGUGAAUUCUGUGUUAAGAAUUUCUCUGCUUGCACUAACUCAGAAGAAUCAACUUAUUUGGUUCCAAGAUGGUGUCCCUAAAAAUCUAUGCCAGCUUCCAUUUCAGCAUCCCAGGGCAUUACAAGUUAUGGCUUCAGGUGGAGGAGAUUUACUCUAUAUUGUAUCAUGCAGGUCCGGUGAUGUUUGUGCCAUUGGGAAAAAGAGUUUUCAGGUUGCAUUCAAGUGGCAAAAAGUUCAAUCAGUCCUCGUAGAUGACUUUCUUGGCAUUGGAACCGAACAACUGUUGCUAGUUUUUAAGGAUACAUUCAGUACAAAUUGUCUGACUUCAUUCAAGAUAACAGAUCUUGGGAAUGUGAACUAUUCAAAUGAUGCUUUUGAUCCCAUGGAGAAUGACUUAUCUGAAAGAGAAUUGCAAGAGAAUUAUUUUCUUACCGUCCAGGCUUUGGAAAGAAGAUUACAAAUUGGUUUGGCAUCUAUUCGAGAAUUGCAGAAGCACCUCCUACUUAAGGAAAGAAUUCUUUCAAAAUCUUGCAAAGCUUUAAUAGGCUUUGUUCAAGGGAAAGAAUAUAUUCCACCAUAUAAAGAGGAGGAUGUUCUUGUUUCUCUCUGUGAUGAUAAAAAAUACUUUCCUCAUUCCUUGGAUGAAAAACUAUCAGACACAUCUCAUGAUUCAAAACAUAUAGUAGAGAAGAUGUGGUAUCGUGUGCUGGAUGACCACUUGGUUGUUGGAGUACAAAUCAAGUAUUCUUUUAUGUUAUUCCUAAAUGAUGUAACUUUAUCAUUGAUAAUGGAUCAAGCCUGCAGUUACAACCCUCCACUUAUUCAGUGUAAAAACAGUGUGAUCAAGUUGGAUACAGUGUCUCUCCCUACAUCAUUGACAUCUCCAUGUGAAACCGAAUCAUCUGCAAAAAGAAUUAAAUUGAUCCUUCAUAACAAGGAAAGAAAAAACAAUUGCCAAGAACAGUCAUCUGAGACUAAUUGCAUACAGAUAUUUACUGCUGUUACAGCUCUUUCACCACUUUUGGCUUUCCAUAAUUUUUGUUGUAUUGUGAUACUACAUGCCAGAUGGGGAAAAAACAGUGGCCAGUUUGGAGAGAGCUGUACUGUGCCUUGUGGGAGAUUUUCUUUAAGUAUGGAAGACAUUUGCAGUGGAAAAUAUUCAGUAACCUUACCAGAGAAGGACAAACCUUUUAAAGAACCUGUGGAAGAUCUCUUUGCCCUUCUUGCAGUAUUUCACAAAUUUCAUUUUCAAAUAACAUCACCUGAUUGUACAUUAACAUCAGUAAAAACGUGGCUCCUCAAGCACAUGGAAUGUGAGACAAUCAAAGAAUUUCCAGAUAGCUUCCUUUGUAAAAGUCAUGGGGCUUUGCAUGGGACCCUCUUCAACUGGAAACAAAAAACACCAUUUGAAGGAAUUUUAACAAUAUAUUGCAGGGAUCAAACAGCUUUAUACCAGUGCCUUCACCAUCUCAUCCACAUUCUCCCCGUGAACUAUGUGAUAAAACAGCUAAAGUUAGGAAGCAAGGAAUUCCUGACUAACCUCUUGGCACAGUUUUUAGAGAAGGAAAUUGUUACCCUUAAGAAUUCUUUUUCGUCGGCUAUAUCUGAACUUGAAGGUAACUUGGCACAAAGGUGUGAGACAGUCAAGAAAAACAGCAGCAGCAUCUUGCCAAAGUCGCCUUUAUCAGGGAGAAAGGAAGCAAUACAGCAGAUCCGAGACGAGCUUCAACAGGAAAAGGAACAAAUCACGUGGGGCAUGAACCUAUUGCUGAGCAAUGCUAUUUACAGAGAAAUUACUUUGAAAGUAGCAACACUUCAGCUGGAAUCAGACUUAGCUGCUCAGAAACUGAAUCAUUUGUAAGCAUUAAAAGCGCAAAUGUAUUUUUAACAGUUGCAGUCAUUUGUGGUCCUUUAUUAAAAAAAUAUCAUUGUGGGUGAUCCCUUUUGAAAAACAAGAAUUUUUUUCAUCUCAUAUUUUUGGUACAAAAAGUGGCAUGUUAAAAAUCACUUUCUAAGUAGUAGACAAACAUAUGACCUUAAUGUUUGUUUUAAAUGCUCAAAGAUAACCUUCACUUUUGACAUCAAUGUAUCCCAAGUAAGAAUUCCUUAAAACUAAUUCUUUGUAGAGUGCAUCUGCAAGGAUUAAAGAACUCCUAUAAGAUACCAGAUUUACAAAGAAUAUGAUAUUUUUAUUUAUAGAACAUGUUCUACUUAGCAAAGGAACGAAAUAAGAACUUUAUAACUGAAGUCUUGGGAGCUAAUGUUAGUUUUAUAAUGUUUGGAAAGCAUCAUUGAAAAUAUGUACAAUAACAAAAUGUCAAUAAAAUCUCCAAAAAUUUAA